GGCGGACUUCACCCUUUUACCCCGUAAAUAUAAAUAACCAGAAAAAUCGGCGGGUCCCCCCUCCUUCUCCAAAGCCUUAGAUGGGAAAGGAAAGCUGCAAAUCGCACCGUCAGUAACGCCGGCUGGGACGAUGGCAGCACCUGUAGGGAUGAUGGAAGCGAUUUUUGCCAGAAAUAAAGAGGAGCACCCGGAGCCCCUCCGAGCAGAAGUGCAGGGUAAGUGCAACAGGCAGCUAGCCAACUGCGAAGGAACUCAGAUUUUUUUGGGGGGGGGGGUGUUCCUGCCUUUCUCCAGAGAAGACUUCUUUUCCCUAGACGUGUUUACUCAGAGGCAGGUCUGCCUGAGCUGAAUGGGGUCCACUUCGUAGUAAACAAAUAUCGGGUUGCAGUUUAGGGAUCGCAGAUAAAUUAAAUUAUUUCUCUCCCCACUUCCUGUUUAUGAGCAUUUCCAAUCACCGUCUGGGAGGGACUGUGGCUUCACUGCCCUUGGACUUGAGCCUCAAAGUCCGGUUUAAACGUCCAAAACAGCUGGGGGCAGGUUGAUUUCCUCGGAGCUAAAUAGGGGGAGGGGAGUCGUACUUUCACUUUUCCCUGGUGGUGGUUUAACGUCGUCUUCUUCCUCCCCCUCGCCUCUCUCAGCUUUCAUCUGCCUAGUCAGCAAGUUGGCCAUUUCCUCAAUGCUUGCACCUAGAGAUUGCUACAUACACCCCCGGCUCCAUUUUUCUUACAGUUUUAUUUCUCUAAGGCAUUUAUAUACCUAAGCAAUGUACAUGAAAUAAACCACACAAAAUAAAAAUUCAUCACCUUAAAAUUCCCGCUGGAAUAACUAAGGACGUUUUAGGCAUGUGCGGAAGUUUAGCGAGGAGAUUGAAGCGAAAAAUCUCUCCUUCCUUACAUUUUGUUUACUUACUUCUUUAUUCCCCCCCCCCAAAAAAACCCCACUCAGCUCCUCCAAGAAGUUCAGGGCAGCAUACAUGAUUAUUCACCCAUCCACCUGUGAUCCUUGUCUAACAACAAACCUGAGAGGUAGAUGAGGCUGAUAUAUAAGAAUUCUGGGAACUGUACUUUGUUAAAGAUGCUAGUAAUGGUUGCAUUGUGAUAAGAGAAUCAUAGAUUAUUUGAGGAAGUAAUGUGCUUUCAAUGUGAUUUAAAGUGUGCUCUGUGUGUGUUGUGUACACACACACACACAGAGAGGGGGGGCUGGCUGGGGGGCUCAAGUACACCCAGUGAGAUAUUCAUGGCUGAGUUGGAGAUGUAAACCUCAUUCCCAUCAUGGUUUGCCAACUGCUACACUGCACUGGCUUACACAACCAACAACACACACUAGACAACAGGUAUAGGGAACUUGUGGCUGUUCAGAUAUUUUUUGGACUACAACUCCGACCAGCCUCAGGCAACCUGGCAGAUAGUUAGGAAUGAUGGGAGGUGCAUUCCAUCAAGUCUAAUGGGUGAAUGUUUCCCCAACCCUGCAUUAGAAUAAUAUGUAGUAUAGAUUUGUUGCUCUCUCUUUUAGCAAACUCAGGCGGUAAGCACUAACAGGUUUGUAACCAAACUGGGUUCACAGAGAAGCAACCUCAGAGGAAGUUACAGUUUUGCAGACGUACCAAAAAAUACCCCCAAAACCCUCUCCUUCCAGCAAAAGAAUAAAUCAUGUUCAAUAUCCACAGAAAAUUGUGGAUGACAAUAAAGAUAUUAUUAUUGUUAUUAUUAUUAUUAUUAUUAUUAUUAUUAAAAUUGACUGUUGUGGGGGGCACACAAAAUGAAGGUGGGGAUGGAAUGGAGAGGCCCUGUGGCCAUGGUUGGCUGGCACCCUAAAGCGGAGCACUACUUUUAAGAGGUGAGAUUGUGCUGCAACCUUUCGUUGUGGCUUGCAGGCUUGGAAAUUUAAAAGUCUGUUCCCAAUAUUCUGCCAGAUUCUAGCAUGAUCCCAGAGGAAGUCUAAGCAGAUGUUGAGGCAACGUUAUAUCGAUAAGGCAAGACUUGAUUCUCAGUAGCUUGAUUUGCCAGAAGUCGAUUUUCUAAACCUAAACAAAUGAUUCAGGUGUGUGGAGAAAGUUGUACCCAGCCAUUGGGCCAUUACUGCGGUGUGGGCAAAGUCUUGUUUCAACAUUGCACAUGAACAGGAAUCUCAUAGCAUGGGUGCACAGCAGGUGAACCCACUGAGAUGUCCGGGAUUCCUUAUGAUGCACAAAGCAUUCCUCCACCUGUAUCCUACUCAUCAUAAUGACAGACACUUUGCUACUUUAGUAAAUAAAAUCUCAUUGUUCUAAAGAAAGGCUUUCUCCUAUUUUUCCUACAAAACUGCAACCAACAACUAAUGAGGGAAUACAAAAUAUUCUUCAUUGCAUUAGCAUACCAGAUCCAAAAAUAGCUUCAAAGGCAGACAAGUUCAAGACCCAUCAGCACUGUGAAAGAUUCAGGUUUAAAAGAUUUGGUUGACUUCCACUGUGCAUUGCCAUUUUGAUUUUUUUAAAAAAAUAAUCUAAAUUAUUAUAAAUCAAACCAAAUUAAAUUAGUUUAAUACAAGUUCUUAAAAUCCAAAUUACAGAGGAACCAACCACAAAUCAUGCUGGAGACAUAAAAGUAUUAGCUCCCCCACCAACCCCUGCCACACAUACCGUAGCACUAAUCCACAUCAGGGACUCUCACAAGAAUAAAGCUAAGUUUGGCAUUUCAAACCUGAGACACCAACAUAUCCUGCAGUCUGGACUUCCUUCCUUCCCUAUAAAUGCCUUGUGCAUGUGGCUAAAAUCCCCAUAUAAAAACGGAAGAACAGCAUCUUCUCUGCCUGCCUGCCUCCUGUCUCCCUGUUUGGUGUGUGUGUGCGUUUGCACGUCUUUCACUGUCAAUCAUCAUGUAAUGCAAAUAAGCACGUUAGAUAAACCUAGCUCUUUCAUAAGGCAUUUAUACUGGAUUAGAUCAAGCCAUUUUAUAAGAAAUAUGUUGCUCUUGUAAGAGGGUAGCUUGAUUUGGGUUAAAUAUUAGGGCAAACGUAUCUUGGCACAAAGGAUAGUUAAGUAAGAGAAAAGUUGCCUCAAGUUAUAAAAGGAAUAAUAAUUAGGGGGACACACAAGUUAUGAGAUUGACAUCAUUGGAAAUGUUUGCAACUCAGACAGGAUAAGUAAGCAUAUGUAGUAUUGCUGAGGGCUGCUGGGAAUUGUAGUUGAACCAUCUGCAGGGCACCAGGCUGCUGAAGGCUGGCUGAGUGAGAGCCAAGAAGAGGCGAGCUCCCUUGGAUUAUUUUCCUUCUUUACUUGUUCCUUUGAACAGCCAAGUUCCCUUCAUUUUCAAAAGCACUUCGCAAUGUGGCAUGAGGAAGAGGGUUGUCGAAGGAGGGGAAUUAUCUAAAGCUCCCUUGAGUUUCACUGGCCUAGUUUCAGAGCCUUUGGAUCUUGGUUUCCUUUUUCUGGCAUGACCAAUGGCUUGAAGAUAUUGCUGUCAUAAAUUCUGCCAUGGUCAGUGCGUCAUAAGUCUAGCACUGGCAUUAUUACUGUAACUUGGCUCAUCUGGGAUUUACAUCGGCAUGAGUGCCUUUGUGAAGUGUGUUGACAUCGACUUCUACAGAUACACACAGAACUAAAUGAUAGGUAGAUUUAAAUGGACAGUGUGAUUGUUAUUGUUUACAAUAAGGGAGAAUUCCCCAUUUGCCACUCAAGUGAAGAUUGUAAGGAUGUAAAGAGGAGCGCUCCUGGUGUCAGCUAAAUCUACAGAGGUAGUCUCUGUUUCACAUACAGAAGGUUCAAGGUUUAAUCCCAUGUAGGGCUGGGAAUGUCCUUCAUCCAAAACCCUGGAGAGUUAAUAUAGACAUUACUAAGCUUGGGCCAAGGUUCUGACUCAGUAUAUGGCAGCUUCUUAUGUUCCUAUCUAGCCCAGUAUCCAAUUUCUCAUGGUGGCCAAUUCUGUGUAAGGGAUGGUCCACCACCACUGCCUCUAAACAUGUAAAGUCCAUAGAGCCGCACUUUAACCUUUCAUGGUCGGAAUUCAGGGGAAAGUGUGGCUUAUAUUAGGCCAAUACAGUAACAAGUAGGACCUACAACAGACAGUUCAGGAUUCCAGCCACUUCAUUCUCUUCCCCCUGGUUUUUCAUUUCUGCCCCCUGCCUUGCAGCCACCAGUCAGCAUUCUGUGGCGGCUGAGUUCUCAUUGGUCUGCUUUAGAUAGUUCCUCCGCCCCGCUCCCCCACUUGGGGUUAUUUCUCAAGAUUUAUUUGCUACACUUGCAAAACUCUGGCUUCUCCAACUCUGCUGAUAACACCCUCUUGCGUGUGGGUGGUGCCAUUAUGGCUAUAUAAACAAUGGCGCUCACAACCAAAACAUCAGAAAUAGAAGAGAUUAUAGGCCUACCCUCUAAAAAUCCGUGUAAUCCAUGCUAAUUGCUCAGCCAAACUGCUUUAUUCCCCAGACUGCAGCUGGAUGAGAAAGUUUCAAGGGUUAAGCCUCCCUUUUGGUGAUCUUCCACUUCAGACUGUGUUGCCAUUAGCUAAAUGGUUGGGGAGGGGUGUCUAAACAUACUUACAGAAGUACUUGCAGUUUGUAGGUCCAUCCUAACAGUUGGGAGAAACAGAAGUUUGAGUAGUAUGGGGUUUUUGAAUGGUUUCUUUAUUGGGAUGGUGCCACCCUACUGACUUAAUACACCUUUUUUGCCUAAUGCAUCCGACACCUGUGUCUGGUAGCAUCCUUCCAUUUCUAAGAUCAGCAAACAACCUCCAUCCUGUCACUUUUGACAAGUUGCAAAAUUGAUCUCAGCCUGCCAUAUUAAUUUGGCAGGAGUGAGGGCUGGGCAAUUGGGGGUCAUUCAACAGAAAUACUUCUGGGGUUCCAUUGAGGCAGAAACAAAUAUCCUACUGCAAAAAGUCCCUUUCUUUUCCAGGUGAGAUCCCAAGCUGGAUGGAGGGGAUCCUUCUCCGUAAUGGUCCAGGCAUGCAUACAAUCGGGGAAAGUAAAUACAAUCACUGGUUUGAUGGCAUGGCUUUGUUGCACAGUUUUACAAUUAAAAAUGGUAAGCUUGUUUGUAUUGCAUAUCUAUUAGUAGUAGUAGUAAAAACCUAUCUGUCCACCCAGGCUUUCCCUGGGUUCCUGUUGCCUUUGGUAACUGUUGUUUACUAAAAUCUAUUUUUCUUAUUAAAUUUUGUGUGUGUUUUGAUGUGAAGCUGUCUUGGUAUUUUCUGGCAUAAGUUUAAGGCAUAGCUAUCUUGGUAUUUUCUGGGUUGGCGGGAGCAGUACAAAAAUCCAUUUUAUAAUUAUUAUAAUAAUAAUUGUUGUUGUUUAAUUAGUAUUAUUAUUUAAUGGAGGGCACCCUAUUGACUAUCUCUGGUUUCAUGUAUCACCUUCUGUAUCUAUUCAAAGUCCGUUUUGGUAUCUUCAACUAAAACAAUGCCACAGAUCUUAUCAUCAGAGGCAUCCUGAGAUGCCAUACAGGUAAAAUUGAAUAACUCAUUGUCAAAUGCCUACAAAGUUGUGCCCAGCCUUCUCUUUUCUGCAGGUUUAAAAUAUUCAGUUUUGUGAAAUGUUGGGCUGACAUAGAGAAGGGCUUUGUCCAAUAUAUAACUUACGGGUUUAUGAACAUGUGCCUUUAAAGAAGGAAGGCCAACUUCCAUUCUGAAGAAUGUCUCAGGUGUACAAUGUGGGACUACAACUAGUGUACACCAUAACUUAUUUUUGGUUACACUGAAUUCCUCUCUACUAGAGUUAUCCCUAGUAGAGGGACACGGGUGGCGCUGUGGGUUAAACCACAGAGCCUAGGACUUGCCGAUCAGAAGGUCGGCGGUUCGAAUCCCUGCGACAGGGUGAGCUCCCGUUGCUCGGUCCCUGCUCCUGCCAACCUAGCAGUUCGAAAGCAUGUCAAAGUGCAAGUAGAUAAAUAGGUACCGCUCCAGUGGGAAGGUAAACGGCAUUUCCGUGUGCUGCUCUGGUUUGCCAGAAGCAGCUUAGUCAUGCUGGCCACAUGACCCGGAAGCUGUACGCCGACUCCCUCGGCCAAUAAAGUGAGAUGAGCGCCGCAACCCCAGAGUCGGUCACGACUGGACCUAAUGGUCAGGGGUCCCUUUACCUUUACUAGGGUUAUCCCAGAUUUCUGCACCAUAUCACAAAAUACAAGUUCAGCAACAAAAACAUUUAAUGCCAGUUUUAACAAAACAUAGCCUGCUGUAUAAUACAGUAUCUUUGUUAUCCCUAAUAAAUAGGCAGAGUGCCACUGAGUGAUUUUGCAAAAACGGAGUCCAAUCAGAUGUUGGAUAGAGCCCCCUUCUUCCCCGCCACCGGCUAACAGACAAACUGAAGAGGAACAUAGGAAACUGCCUUCUGUUGAAUCAUACCAUUGGUCCAUCUACCUCAGUAUUGUCUGCACUGACAGACAAGGGCUCUCCAGGAUUCUAGGCAGGAGACAGACCUGGAGAUGUUGGGGAUUAAACCUGGGACAUUGCAUGCAAAGCUUAUACGAGGCUUCCUCCACCUCGGCCCUCCAAAUGUUUUUGGCCUACAACUCCCAUGAUCCCUAGCUAGCAGGACCAGUGGUCAGGGAUGAUGGGAAUUGUAGUCUCAAAACAUCUGGGGGGCCGAGGAUGAGGAAGCCUGGGCUUAUACUCUGUCACUGAGCCCUUCUGCACACAAAUGUGCAAUGCAGCUGAUUGGAGAGUGAGUGCUCAAAAGGCAGAUUUUACCUCCAGUUACCACAGGAUGGAGACACACCAUAGGAGAUGAGCAGCAAGGUGUCUUAUGCCACAAUAAAUGCAUUAGUCAUUUGUGAUGCCAGAGACAUGCCAUAAUUAAUGUGCUAAAGCUUUUGUGGGCAACAGGUCAUGGCUAUCUCUGUCAAGCUCCGCAUGGGUGUUUCCCAGAGGCAUUGACUAGCCACUGUUGGACAGUGAAUGCUAGUUUAGGGGAGAAGCUGAGAUCUAAUCCAAAGAAAAAGCUUCUCAACUUCAGAUCCAGUGAUGGCAAUCUCCCUUUGUUGUUGUUUAGUCGUUUAGUUGUGUCCGACUCUUCGUGACCCCAUGGACCAGAGCACGCCAGGCACUCCCUUUCUUUAGCAUACAUUAUAAAUAUCUAGCACUGUUUGGGCUCAUGACUUAGAUCCUGUUUCCUUACACCCUGGUGCAGUUUAAAGGAGGAACUGCAACCCAGUGGAAGAACAGCUUUUUUGGGUGCAGAAGGUCCCAGAUUCGAUCCCUGGCAUCUUCAGAUAUUUGCUCAGGUAGCAAGUGAUGGGCAAGACCUCUUCCUGAGACCCUAGAGAGAUGCUACCAGCCAUCGCUUGGGGGUUGAUAGGAGUUAUAGUCCAAAACACCUGAAAGUCUCCAGGUUGGCAAAGUCUGGCCUAUGGAAUUGCCUGCUAGGCUAGAGGACAAAUAAUCUGACCUGGAAUAAGACAGCUUCCGAACUGUACAUGUGAUGGUGGGAAAGUACUUAGUGACUUUCACUUCUGCGUGAUAAAGGGGAAGUACUCCGCAUACGUUAAGAGGCACAGCAUUUUCUCUGCUCUUGCCUUUUAGGUUAAAAGUCAGUGCAUUAAACAGGGAUGUGGAACCUUUGACCUUCCAGAUGUUGUGGGACCCCUGUCCCAUCAGCCCAGCCAGCAUGGCCAAGGGGUGAUGGGAGGGUCAUGAAUUUCCCAGUCUUGUACAGUUCUUCAGCUGUUUGGGACUAUACUGCCCAUCAUCCCUGACCUUGGGCCAGGAGGGCACCAGGUUGGAGAAGAUGGUUAAAGUCAUUUUCUCCGAGCUUCUGAACCCAGUUGCUGAGGUCUUAACUCAGGGACCAGGGAAGCAGGUCUGCGCUGGUGAUUUCUUUCCUUCCUGCUUCAAGCCAUGAAGUAGAAGCCUCUUUAUGGAGGCUGGGUGUAGCACCAGGGAAUGCCAGGCUGCCCAUAAAAAAAUCUGUAAGAUUCAUCUUUAUGGUGAUGCACACAAGAUCUGAUGGGUUUCCCAAAGGUAAAAGGGCAACUUGCUACAUUAGCCUAGUUUUCACUGACUUAAAGUCUGCCCUUCUGCAGUUUUUUUUAGCUUCUGAAGCCAAGCACGAAAGUAGGCCACUUGUGAAACAGGUUUCACUCUUCAGCCUAUUCAUUAUAUAGUAAUGAAUGACCCCAAUACGGGGAGUAGCAGCAGCCAAAACAAAGUGACCUUGGCUUGGUCAGGAGCAAAUAGUUCACAUGAUCCUUUUCUCUGCCUUCCCAAUUACUUCUGGUCUGAACUUUGCCACAAUUCUGAACACGUGAAAAGUAACCACUCUGCGCUUUCUGUUUAACACAGCACAAGCUUGAAGAGGUUGUGUGUUUCCAGGACAGCAGAUGCUGUGUUUUGGGGAUUUCACUGUUAUCAUAUUCUUAUUCUGGUGUUUUCUUUAGUUUGUAAACGUGUUUCCACAAUUUGCAUUUUUACAACACAGCCAGUGAAGUAGUGAAGUUUGAUUUUUCUAAUCAGGGUCAUUGGCAGGCCCAGCCGAUCUGGAAUUGUUAUGGGUUUUCUUCCUUGUUCUGAACCAAAUGCCUUUGUGUGCUUUGAUUAUAAAAGCUUCUAACCUUUUCUAGACCCAGUACCUUCUUACACAACCUGGAUAGCUCAGUCGGUUAGAGUAGACUGCUCCCCUUCCCCGGGGGGCGGUGUUGUAGGCAGGCCACACGCUCUCCCCAUGUACAGUGGGGGACGUGGUGAUGAGUCCUGGCUGCAUCACGCCCCCCAGCCGACCAAUCCGGCCAGCCAGGGGGCGUGGCUUGCAUUAUUUAAACAGCUGCGCGGCCAGAGGGUUCUCCCUUCUUACCUCCUCUUUCGUCGGAUCUCUGCCGCUGCUCCCGUUCUGCUUGCCUUAGCUUCCCGCUUCACUGUGUAAACAAGCAGUAGUUUUCUUUGCUUUUGCCUCUUUUGGGUGCUGAAGCAGCCGGUUGCCUUCGCUUGCAACUUGCGGUUAGGCAUUGGUAAAACCUGGUUUACCUGUUCCUCCUCUUUAAGAGUAUUCCGUUAAAGGGAUCUGGGGGGGGGUGGAUCUUGUCUGAAGCCUGGGUAUGGGCUAGGGCCAUGCCACGACCCCAUCGGGGACCCUGGGGGAGCUCUCAGUUGAUGUACAUCAACAGGGCUCCCCCUACUAGUGGUUGACCCUUACUAGACUACCUGCAUGGCAGGCAGGAGUCAGAUAUAGUCGGUUCAAUUCCAAUGCCUAAGCCAAUACCACUCAUAUUCUGUAACCAAUAAAGUUGUGGCCUUAAUUAUCCCAUUUACCUGAAAUACUGGUGGCCGUGUGUUUUAUUAUUCAACAAAUGGAGGAGGGCUCGGGGCCUUGACAUGCAAUGGUGCUGAUGCUAAGGUUGCAGGCUCAAUCUCCAUAUGGGACAUUUGCAUAUUCCUGUAAUUGCAGGAGGUCGGACUAGAUGAUUCUCAGGGUCCCUUCCAUCUCUACAAUUCUAUGAUUCUAACCCUUGUCCUGCAUCAGGAGAUUUGUAUUUUUCAUGGCAAAUAUUUGGGAUAGCCUAUGUGAUGCCUUCCAGAUGUUGUUGGACUGCAAUUCCUAUUGGCCCCACUGGCUGGGGCUGAUGGGAGUUGGAGUCCAACAACAUCUGACUCACCUUUAAGUGUGAAGUUCAUUGAGUCUCUCCCCUACCUCUAGCUCAAGCGCUGUUUGCAGGCUUCCCAUAGGCACCUGGUUGGCCACUGUGAGGACAGGAUGAAUUAGACGGCCCUUUGGCCUGACCCAACAGGGUUCUUCUCCUGUCCUUAAUAUGUGGUCCCAAAAUCAUGCUUAGAACUAUGUCUGCUGAGGUCAAACUAAGGUGUGCCUUUUAUACAAAAGUAUCAAAUUCAGUUUGCAUAAUGAGUGGGAAAUUGGGACCAUAUUAAUCAAUCCAUGUGUGGGAUUAUGUGUGCAUAUAAAGCUUUUUCUUUUCUUUUCUUAUCAGGUGAAGUUUUCUAUCGAAGUAAAUACCUCCGCAGCGACACAUACAAUUGCAAUAUUGAGGCAAACAGAAUCGUGGUGUCAGAAUUUGGAACGAUGGCUUAUCCAGAUCCAUGUAAAAAUAUAUUUGCCAAGUAAGCAAGUCUUUCUAUACACAAUGUGAUGCUCUUCCCUGCUUCCCUUUGAGGCCUAGCUCCUCAGUGCCCCUUCUCUCAGGUUCUUCAGGAGGAACCAGGGUUGCCAUCUGCCCACCCCUUGUCACCAUCCCCAUUACCUUGCAUGAGUGGGAGGGCAACCAUCUGCAUCACAGAGCCUCCUGUACUCAAGGAAACGCCCCACACAAUAUAGAACCCUGAUUUUCUAGGCUCAUAAGAAGCUGUCUUACUGAGACAGACCAUUGGUCCCUCUAGUUCAGUAUUAUCUACCACAGCUCUUUAGGGUUUUAGGCAGAGAGUCUUUCCCAGGCCUACCUGGAGAUGCUGGGGAUGGAUCCUGGGACCUUCUUCAUUGCAAAGCAGAUGCCCUGCCACUGAGCUACAGCAAGCUGCAGAUGGUCAACUUCACAACUCAUGGAGGUUGACACUAGCCUGGCUUGCACCUAAUGCUAAACUAUGGUUUAUUAAACUAUUGCUUAACAUUAUGUAAAACUGUUGUUUAUUUAUGAUGUUUACCAUUAACCAUGGUAAAUUACAUGUGAACCAGGCCACUGUUGCAGCACAGCGUUGGCACACUCGUCCCUACUCUCCCUAUUCUACUUAUUUAUGACUAUAAUGCCUCCUUACAAAGUGCUGUUUUCACAUAUACACAGACUGCUCCUUCUGUUGACUAUUAACUGCUAGCUAUAGGUUUAACGAAGGAAAUUGUUGUCCAGACUCCUUAAAAAUACCUACGUGAGAACAGGAUUCCUCUCCCACCUUCAUUGACUCAGAGGUCUCCACCUCCCUCUGCAUACAUAACAAAUGCAGGAAUUUGUUUAGUCCAAUUAACAUAACCAUAUCACUUGCAAACCCAACACUGGCAUAAAUCGGAGGGUAUGUAUGUAUGGAAUUUUGCCCAGGUCACAAUGAUUAAAUUGUAAUGCAAGCUCUGCAUACCUGUCAGAUACAAAUACUAUUUGCCACCAAUCAGCUGAGUCUACACCUCCCCUCUCUACUAUUCCACUUGUGCUGAUCAGAGGGAAACAGUUCAACAGCAAGGAAAAGGGGGCCUAGGAGGAGAGGCAGAUGGAGGAGAGGAAGUAGGCCUGGGAAGUGGCUGUGAGUUAGAGGGGGAGGCCCUUUGGGCCACAUAGAACCCUUGAGCCAGAGGUUCCUGACCCCUCCCCUAUCUUUGAUUUCAAUUACAUGUGACAUAUAAAGUAGAGUGGGGAAUGUAUGGCCCUUCAGAUGAUUUUGGAAUCCAACUCCCAUCAGCUCUAGCCAUCAUGGCAAUGGCCAAGGAUGGGAGUUGUAGUUCAAAGCACCAGGAAAGCCAGAGGCUCCUCAUUCUUGAUACCAAGGGUCACUACUUAAGCUGGGAAAUGUGUGUUUGUUUCAGCAUUACAAAGAUACCUGGGUGCUUUCCAACAUGCAUUUUGCUGAUGUUAGUAGAGGAAUGUGACAUCCUAGCUACCCAACACUCCAUUAUUCAGAAUUUUAAAAAUUUAGUAAAUACUAGCAACAUGGCAGACAGGACACACAAGAGUAUCUACUGAAUGCCGUUCUUAGCUCAACACACGUGGUGCCAUCUUUGUCAGUUUUUAGGUGCCAAGCUAAGUCCUCUGUUUACCCAGGCCUUUGGUGAACUGAUGUCGCCUCCUAUGGUGGUGCUCCUUGGUCCUUUGAUUAGCAUCUUAUGUAUAUUACAUUGCCAGUGUUUCUCAUUUUUUCUGGCCUUAUUUUGCUUCUGUGUGUUGUAUUUUUACUUUAUCAAGUCUAUUUGACACUUUUUAGUGUCAAAAUUGUCCGAUAAAUAAAAUAUAUGACACUUAAUCCACCAACAGGCCAAAUUCACAAACAUACCAUCCCUUGAGUAUUGUACAAGUGGUGCCUUGCAUGUGUGAAUGACCUAUCACAGGUGUCUUCCCCCAACCUGGUGUCUUCAAGAUGAUUUGGACAAACAACUGCACCAUCCCUGACCAUUGGCCUUGGUGGCUUGGGCUGAUGGGAAUCAUAGUCCAAAACAUCUGAGCAGCACCAGGCCGGAGCCAUAGGUAGAAUUUAGUUGCUGCCUGAAGUACCAUCCUAUUGAAUGUGGUGUAUUCACAAGUUCAGCUGCAGAUUAACACACAUUGUCUAACCAAAUAAUAUGCAUGCAUAUGUACCAAACCAGUUUUUCACAUUUUCUUGGCACUUAAAGAAGUAUCCUGGUGAAGCUGAUAGGAAAGAUUAUCACUGUGAUGCAAUUUCCCCUUCCUCCCCUUGACCACAGGGCAUUCUGUUAUUUAUCCCACACAAUACCUGAGUUCACAGACAACUGUCUCAUCAACAUAAUGAGAAAUGGUGACGAUUACUACGCUACAAGUGAGGUUAAUUUCAUUAGGAAAAUCAAUCCUCGGACUCUGGAGACCUUGGAGAAGGUAAGCAUUGGUGUCUUAUGAGUAGACCCCAUAAGGCAAAAGGCUAGAAAAUGAGAGCAAUGGUGGAGUUGGUAAAAAUACACCUCAAAUGAUAAACCACUUUGCUGCAAGGAGAUGAUUUGACAGAGGGCAUAGUUGUAAACCUAAUUCCAAAGGAACUUGUGUAGGAGACCCCACUGUGCUGGGCCACAUCUGCACUAUUGUACCACAAUCAUGGCCUCCCCCAAAGAAUCCUGGGAACUGUAGUUUGUUAAGGCUACUGAUAGUUGUUAGGAGAACCCUAUUUCCUUCACAAAGCUAUAGUUUUCGGAAUUCCCUAGGAAGAGGGAUCAGUUGUUAAACCAAUCUGAGAACAGGCAAAAGAAAGGAAGCGGGUGUUUCUCAACACAAGCUCCUUCCAGAACCAAGCUCCCAAGUCCUUUCACACAAAAAUCCACUUCAGGAUUUAUUCCAAGCGUGCCUUUUCAUCAGCCUAAAUUAGGAGGGGAAAAUAUUUUUUAGCUGUUGCUGUUGUUAGACAAAUUGAGAGUUUGAAACCCUUGCAAAUCACCCAAACAUCUACCUUGUGCCCAUCCCUGCUUCCAGUGUACCAUUCAGUGCAAUCUUAUACGUGUUUGCUGAGACGUAAGGCCAACCACAGUUUCAGUGGGACUUAAUGCCCAGGACUGGAUCCUUUCUCAACAUUUCUUUAUUCAUGUCUCAUUAUAGCACUCGGAAGACAACUAAACCUGGGAGGGGGGGAUGCCACCUCCUGGCCAGACCCUUGAUCUCUACACAUGGAUUUUAUCUUCUACACAGAGCCUAUGCAUCUACAAACUGUGUGUCCAUAUACUCUGUGUACAAGAGCUGUUCAAUGCAUAGAUGUCGGGACUGGAGCUAGCAAACAUGAUUCAGCUCUACCACUGAGUCCCGGCAUUGAUUAUCAUCAUACUUAAUUGUCCUCAUAAAUCUUACAGCCUUGGCCAAUGCAGAUGAAUCUGUCAGAUGUAAUUAGGUUUAGUGGAUCCUACCACAGUGGGGUGCAGUUGUCUUUUUGCAUGAAUUAUACUUUGGAUUAGAUAAAGUGAGCCUUCCAUAUCAUCCUAUAAUUCAGUCAUGCAGCCAUCAGUGGUCACCGUCAGAUGGCUUGUUUAUGGAGCAUCCAUCUUGAUUCAUUUGUGGGCAUGUUUUAUGAUGCCCCACCUGGCAAUUGUUGCCCCACACUUUCCAGGGCACUUUUCUAUCCCUUUCAUUGCUGCAAAAAGUUCAUCUUUACAAUAGUGAGUUUGUUGCCAGUUUGUGACUGAACCUCAUGCACCAAAAUAGUGACGGUCUGGACAGAACCCUUGUGGCCCACUGCCAUUUUAAUCUUUUAAAGUCCCUUCGAUUCUAGUACUCUUAAACUUGCAGGAUCUGAAUGAAGUAUAAUUCUGAACUAAUGCUUUAGUCUGGGGUGGGCAACCUUAUCUCUUCUGCAUUCCCUUGGGGGCCAAAUGUCUGGUGCUGUAGCUAGCAUUGGAUGAGGCCAGAGCCCAAAUUGGAUGGGCCAUUCCUUCUCUCUCCCCACCCGUCCCACCUUUCUCCCCAUCCUUUCCUCUUGCAUGAAAUUAAGCUAAAGGCCACAGGUUAAAUACCACAGUUUUAGUCUUUGCUCUUCCUGGUGAAUUGCCCAACAGAAUCCUUGGCAAGGGUAGCCGUAGGUUCAGUGGAGGCUGGUGCUCAUUAGGAUUGGUAGGACAGAAAGCAAGGAGGCAAACAGUAGGUGGAGCCAAAGCCAAUGUUAGCAGAGCUAAUAUAUUCCUCCUGAGUUCUACAAGGGCAACGCUGAGGCUAAGGAAGAGGAAGGCAGCAGCCAGUGCCACCCUCUGAACUGUUAGUUAAGUAGGAAGGGAGGCAGGUGGGAGUUGCAUGCGGGUAGACGUGAGUCUGGUGGGGCACUGUUCUGUUUGCCCUAAUGGACCAGCCUCCCCUGAACAGAUUCCUUAGCAAAGGUGCCAGCACUUUCUGGGAUGUGAAUUAUGAUCAUUAACACAUCCCAUCAUCCUUCUGUCUUCUUUUGCUGUCCUGCGGUAGGUUGACUACACCAAGUACGUGGCCAUCAAUCUGUCAACAUCCCAUCCCCAUUAUGACAGUGCUGGAAAUGUUCUCAAUAUGGGUACCUCCAUUGUGGAUAAGGGGAAGACAAAAUAUGUUAUCUUUAAGAUCCCUUCUUCAGCACCAGGUAAGAGGCACAGGGAGCUGGCAUCUCUGAGCUCCUUAUUAAUGUGAAAUAAAGCAGGAUCAGGUGGAUUUGUACAACACGUUGUGCUUGGAGAACACCUGGGGCACUUCCUUUCCUAACAGAAAUAGCAUCUUUGCGGGGGGGGGGCAUUUUAACCAGGAUCAUAGCAAGGGAACAACCAUGUUGUAUGGGUAGGUGGUCUAUGAAUAAAAAAAAAGACCACGUGUAAAUGAGCAAGGUGUGGGGGGGUGUGUGUAGGGAAUGAUGAAUUUGAAUCUGCAUUUUAAUGGGAAACUACCUAAUGUGCACUUCUCAAACCAAGCCAUCCUUAAGAAUUCACACUUUAUUGAAUUUUGCAGUGCAGUUCUGCAGCUGUUAUGUGUACAAAAAUGCAUGUGCUCGAUCAAGUGUGCAUAAAAAUGCAUACUAUUGUGAAAAUAGCAUGCAAAAUUGAACUUAAGACUGGGGGGAAAUAAGAAACUGAGAGAAACCAAAAUUGAUGGAUUUGUUCCUUCCCUACUAAAGGGUUGUUUUCCUGGCCCCCUCCCCUCCUAAAUUCACGCUUGAAAGAAAACUUCUGUAGCUGAUAGAAAGCAUUAUUCAAGUCUCAUUAUGGCAGGGGGUACGGUUGUAAGGGAAGAACUGGUGUGGCAGUUCUCUGGUUUGCAGAAGAGCUCACAGGCCCCAAAAUGUUGACAACCCUCGGUGUAUGUGUUCUUUUAUUUAUUUAUUUAGCAAGCGAAAAGAGGAAAAAGAAGUCUUGCCUGAAACACCUGGAAGUCAUGUGUUCCAUCCCCUCUCGCUCCCUGCUCCACCCAAGCUAUUACCACAGCUUCGGCCUUUCGGAAAAUUACAUCCUCUUUAUAGAGCAGCCCUUCAAACUGGAUAUACUCAAGAUGGCAACAGCCUACAUCAGAGGGGUGAACUGGGCCUCUUGCCUCGUGUUCCAUAAGGAUGACAAGGUAUAUAUAUAUAUACCGUUCCCCAACCCCCUCCUUUCUUGCUGAGUACAGCAGUAGUGAAUUUUCUGUAACUGCCUAUUAGUUUUAUACAGCUCCCUUACUCCAUCCAACAUAUUAUUUGUUAUUAGCAUGGACAUUUCUUUUGGAAUGCCGCACCUCACAUUAAAUUGCAGGUGCCAAAGCCCAUAUUUUCCUGAGAACAUGGCUAAGCAACAAUUUGCAGGCUGUUUGCUUAUGUGAGUUUUCUUGAUGGGAUGACUCGGAAAUCAAUAAACCCCUGGAAGUACAUUCGCGCAGUCUUGGCUGUCACCUCUGCAGUUUAAGGUGGUCACAUCUGCAUGUUGUUUAACUAACAUUUGGAAGUUUAUUUCCUUGCAUUGGAUUCCAUUAUUUUAUUUUAAAAAUUAUAUAUCCAGAGCCGGUAACAACAUAAAAAGCCCAACACUGACUAAAACAGCCUUUCCUCACCUGAUGUUCUUCAGAUGUUUUAGACCACAACUUAGGAUGGAGAAGAGAUUUGAUUCUGUUUGCAUUUUAAUGGGAAGCCAGCUAAUUUGCACUCUGCAAACCAAUAUAUGAACUGAAACACAAUUAACCUUCAAAAUGCACAUAUCUAUGAAUUUUGCAAUGCGGUUCUCCAACCCAGUAAUGUUUUUUUUAAAAAAUGCAUAUAUUUGCAGGAAAGUGUGCAAUUUAAAAUGCACAUUUUCAUGAAAAUAGCAAAAAAGGCAUUAUAUAUUUUCUGAACUGCAUUCAAAAAUGUGUAUAUUACCAGAAAAAGCAGAUAUGCUGAUGAGUUUUCAUGAGGAUUAAAAUAAAAAUUACAAGCUGCUGAGGACAUGCAGAGAAGUGAAUUUAAGACUGGAACAAUGAGAAGUUGAGUUAAGCUGAAAUGGACACUUUCAUCCAUCCCUAACUGUAGUUCCAGUCAGCCCCAGUCAAGACUUGAUGUCAUUGGCAUUAAAAUGUCGGCUUGUAUUCCACUCCUCCCGUUAAUCUGGCAUUAUUCUUCAUGGGUUAAAACUCUGACUUAGCCAUUGAGCUCAUUGGAUGACCUUGGGCCUGUCACAGUCUGUCAGCCUAGCCUACCCUACAACAUGAGGACAGAGCAGGGAGGGGAGAACAAUAUACGAAUCUUCAGCUUCUUGGAGGAAAGAUGGAAUAUAAAUGUAAUAAAUAAAUAAAAAACUAUUGAGAUUUAUAUGCUGCCUUUCAAACAGCAGAACCAGGUUGGGUUAGAACAGCAGAUAACAUAAAAUAAAAUACAAUCCAUAUACAGUUUUUAAAGCAAAGUAUCUAAAAUGAAAAUGCAGAAUUAUUCAGUCUGAUUGAGUAAUGUAAUUUCCAUCUUUAUGACAGCAACAUUCUUAACCAGAAGUUGUGUUGCCAUUUUGUAGACCUGGAUCCACCUUAUUGACAAAAGGACCAAGAAACCUGUGUCUGCCAAGUUUUACACGGAUGCCAUGGUCCUCUUUCACCACGUGAAUGCUUACGAGGAGGAGGACCAUGUGGUUUUCGACAUCAUCUCCUAUAAAGACAAUAGCUUGUACCAGAUGUUUUAUUUAAAAAACCUGGACGGUAACUUUGAAAACAACACCAAACUCAAUUCUAUACCAACCUGCAAGCGAUUUGUGAUUCCUCUGCAAUAUGACAAGGUAUCUUUUGGUUCUGAUUCACAUAGCAAUGGUGUACACAUCAUCUACAUGCAUAAGAACAGAGAGGGCAAGUUUUGUCAAGGCAAUGCAAUGCAAACUUACAUGUUGCAAAAUACAAACUUACAUGUUGGAUCGUUUGAGUAGGGACAUUUCCAGACUAUUGCUAUUUUGGGAUGGGAUUCAAUCGCAUACAGUGAAAUUCAGAUUGCAAAAUCAAAGUUGUUUUGGAGUUCUUGCACAACAAAUUCACAUUUUACAAUAAGCAAAGUGAUGGGAAAAUGCAUCUUUGCUUGACACAUCAUCUGACCUCUCUGCAAAGAAAUCAGGAUGAAUGCUCAAUAAACAGGUUAUCUGGAUGCAACCUUAGAUAACAGUACUCUUCUAGAAUGUCAUGUUUCCAGAGGAACAGUCUUAUAUAAAAGUUUCUGGUGCUCCCUGCAAUGUCUUCUGCUGCUUACAUGGAAACUCGCUAUAAGCUGAAUUAAUGGUAGCACACACACACAAAAAUUCUGAUGAGGCCUGGGGCACUGCAGAGAGUAGUGACAAACUUCUCCAGCCAGGCCACACCUCUGAAUCAGCUAUCUAGGAGCUGGGCUCUGCGCCAUAGCUAUUUCUCUUAAAGGGGCAGCAUUCCUGAUAUAGCUGAUAAUGCAUACAUUACGCUUCCUCCCCAAAUCAUUGGUAGUUAAGACCUGGUAGGGCCAGGCCAACAAUUAGUCAGAGUGAGGUGACUAUUUCAGGCAGCAUAUGCUGGGAGGCAGUUGCUGGUCCUCAGUUAUUCCUCCCUGACCAUACCCUUCUGUUGGAGAAGAGAGCUGUGUGUCAUAAAGCUUGCCCUCCACCCCGCUUAUCUCCCUCCAGGGCAGAGCAGUGCCCGGUUGCUAGUACUGAAAUAGAAUUCGCUGCUAUAUGUGGAAUGGGUGCAUGUGUGAACCAUGCUGUCCUUUGCCUCAGGCAACAAAAUUUAUUGGGCCGGCCUUGAGAUCUGGGCUCUGUGGGUGAAUCAUUGAGAUGGUAUGCAUUUCCUUCCACAAUCUCCAGCUGACCCAGCUUGUUUUCUGGGUCAGCCAAAAGAAAACAUUGUCAGAAGCACGUUGCCUUCUGAAUGACCUGGGCACAACCCAGGUAAGCCAAAUAAUGAAAUUAAUUCAUUGCAUUAUUUACUUGUACUGCGCAAUGUGUUUGUAUAAUUCUGGCAGCCAUGUUUUGGCUGAUCUAUGCGGAAAUCACACAUAUAUCCACACACCCAUCAGCCCAACUUGGGAGAAUAUCUUUUCCCCAUGCAGUCUCUCUUGCCUGACUUUCUCUCCCACAAAAUCCUAACUCCACUCUUUCCCACUCCCUCCUGCCCCAGGUCCCACUUGCCAGGUCUCAACACCAUAAGCACCAAACUAGGAACAUACUAUCCAUGACAUUCAUAGCUACAUGAACCGUUUUUUAAAAGUGAACUGCAGGUGCAGGGAGGGGUGGAUCAAGAAGGGAAGAGAGCACCCCACCAUCCCUGGAACCGGAUCCACUGGGGUUAAUGAGACAUUGACCUUCUAAUUUCAGACUACCCUCAGCCAACCCCUAUAUGCCUGCCUUCUUACUUGUGCACAGUCCACUUCCUAGCAGCUUACUCUGAGGUGCCCCUUGUAGAAUUCAGCAGGGAGGAGGAUGGGGACAAAACUAGACUUAGUUGGCUCUGCCUUUCAUUGGCUCUGGCUCCACCUACUGCUGGCUUCCUUCUCUGUUGAUCUACCUGUCCCAAUGGGCAACAGUCAUCACUGAACAUCAUUGCAUGUUCAGAAGCUGACCGGAAUGGUAGUUCAACCUUACUCCAACAUUAGCAAUGGGACAAUGUCCGCCACAGUGCUUAAGGGCAGCAGCCUAGUUGAGAAGGUGCAAAAUGUGACCCACAUUGCUCCAUCUCCCAAUGGAGGCAGAUGGCUGGAAGAAGGGGCCUCUGGAAGGAUAGAUGGCGUCUGUUGCCACUCAGCAUCCACCACCUGAGGCAGCUGCCUUGCCCUGUUUAACAGGGCCGGUCCAUUGUGCCACAUUUUCUUUCAAUGUCACAUCCAUACCAUACAUUUAAAGCACAUUAUUCCUCCCCCCAAUCCUGGCAACUGUAGUUUGUUAAAAAUGCUGGAAAUUGUAGCUACAUGAGGGGUAGACUACAGUUCUCAGGUUUCUUUGGGGGAAGCCAUGUGCUUUCAAUGUUAUAGUAUGGAUGUGACCCUUCUCUACUUUGCUUGAGAAUUACAUUUUCUGAGAGGUCACCCGGCUGCAUUGCACACCGCAACUAAAUACACCAGAAAACAGAUUUAUUUUUAAAAACAUGAGUUUAAGUGAAUGCAAUGUGAGGUAUGUUCAUGAAAAAACUGUCCAUUAUUUCUAAAUUGUUUAUUAGAUCCCAUUUGUAUAAGAAUUAGGAGAGGGAAUAAGAUCACAUUUUGAUUAAUUCUAAGGUAACUUGAAAUGUAUUUCUUCAUGUUUCUGAAGAGUGGGGAGUGGGGCACCGGCAUGGGAGUGGCUUGUGCAUAACAAAUGCACAUGUGUCUGUUUAGCUGCAUGUAUAUGUGCUGGGGACCCUCAGUGGGCUGUGGCAGCCAAGGGCAGCUGCAACAUCUAUUACAUGUGCCUGUGCAUCUGAAUAGCAAAGUAAAUACCGAUGGUGUAAUACUACAUAGCGUUUAUUAUAGUACUUGAGGGAGUGCAAAACACUUCACCAAAAUUUAUCAGCAUUUAUUAUCGCCAGGAUCAAACUGCAUGUUGCGUGGCGGUUGCAAGACCGGAAUGCCCUGCAAUUUUCUGUUUCUUUGUUUCUUAAAAAGUAUCUGGAGGCAGGGGUUAAUUGGAUUGAGGUGGGAGUAGAGAAGUCUAACCCUUUGCCUCUGAGCUGGUUUCCUGUAUUAAAUCCCCUCCCACUGAAGCUGUACACAAACGUGUACGUUUUCCUCUAUGUAGCUAGUACCAAUUUCAUCAGAACAUAGGAAGCUGUCCUAUUCAGUAUAAAUCAGGCCAUUGAACCAUCUAGCUCAGUUCUGUCUACAUUGGCUGACAGUAUCUCUCCAGGAUUUCAGAUGGGAGACAUUCUCAGCCUACCAGGAGAUGUCAAGGAUUGAACCUGGGACCUUCUGCAUACAAAGCUGACACCUUACUCCUGAGCUACAGCACUUCCUCUUUUAAGCAAGAGGAGGAGUCAGAUUAGGGCCGAAGUCGGAGAACAAAGAUUUAGACCAGGAGUGGCAAACCUGUAGUCCUCAGGCCACACCCAGGCCCCUGCAAGUUAUUUUGUGGGGCUCCCAAGACCCAAUUGCAGAGCUCCGAAAUACUAUGUAACAUAGCUUUCAAAACACCCCUGUAAGGUCAACCAGCAUUAUUAUCAAAUUGUAGGUGGAGAGAUAUAAGAGAUGAUGGUGCAGUUUGGUAAUUUUAGACUCAGGGUUUAAUGGCCCUAUUACGACCCCACUUUAGAUGUUGAUACAGCAUCUGCCUUGCACACAGAAAGGUUCAGGUCAACCCCAAGAAUCUUCAGGCAGUGUUAGGAAUGUCCCCUUUCUGAGGCACUGCCAGUUUAGAUGUCUAGAUGGGCCUGACAUCAUAUAAGACAGCUUUCUAUGUUUCUAUUCUGCUUUCUUUAAAAUGUACGAAGCCACCCAAGCUGGGUUUUGAGACCCUCGUGCUCUUUCUACUGAGUGGAGCCCUGGAUUUCUCCCCACCCCCCACCCCAGUGGCACCACUUGAGGUCACUGAGUGAGUUCACAGCUGCAGUGAGGUUUGCCCUGGGGACUUCCCAGUUCACAGUCUUAACUGCCAGCUCUCAUGGUGACAUAAACAUGAUUUCCAACAGGGAAGUGGUACCUGUGUCAAGAAUCCCAUCACAUUUGAAGCAGUCCUGAAACUGCCUUGUCUUUAUUACAUUGUUGUUUUGUAGGGAUAACUCAUUCUGCCCAUCAACCUGUCUGACAAGUUUUGGCCUGCCACACUGUGGAAUGGCUGAGACAGUGUUCCUUGCUACGCCUUUGAAACAGGGUUAUACUAAUGCUAUGAAAACACAGCUCUGUACUAAUAACUGAGAUUGCAUCAGUUGUUGCCCUUGAUAUUUUUCUUCCUUCCUGAUCUGUAAAGAAUGAAAGGCAGGGGGCGGGGGGGGGUUGGCCAAAGUGAACUGUUUUUAGUAUUUUCCCUUAAAAAUCUGCAUAGCAAAUCUUAAUGCCUUCAAAUCUUUUAUACAAUGGCGAGUGGAUCUUGCAGCACAGUCUUGAUGUAUUAUCAUCUCUCAAUAAGUAUGCUCUUGUUCAGAGUGCUGUCUAGCCAGCCAGGGCCUGCCCUCCAGCAAGCCAUUCCAUCUCCAUCCCAGACCCAAUUUCAUCAUCAUUACUAUUAUUUAUUUAUUAUUAUUAUUAUUAUUAUGUCACUUAUCUUGCCUAGGACAACCCAAAGCAACUUACAACCAACCAGACAAUAAACCCCACAUAGGUACAUUAAAACCAAAAAGGAAAGAGAAAUACAUUAAAAACAUCCCACCCACUUAAAUAGUUAAAGGCCAAAGGUCUGUUUAUAGAGGAAAGGUUUUGCCUGGCACCUAAAGAUGUAUAAUAAUGGUGCCAGACAAGCCUCCCUGGGGAGAGCAUUCCACAAAUGGGGAGCCACUGCAGAAAAGGCCCUUUCUUGUGUUGCCACUCUCUUGGGGAGGGGGCACAUGAAGAAGGGCUUCAGAUGAUGAGUGUAGGGUUCAGGUCAGUUUAUAUUCUCUUUUUCAGGUGACACUCAGCAUUCCAUGGUUACUGUGCAUGCUCAGUCCUCUUUGGGUUUACUAAAAAAUAACCCAUCUCUGUGUUUGAAAUUGGCCUCGUUGCAGCGAAGUUGCUUCUCAUCCCAAUUCAUAAUUUUGUGAGCUGUUUUAUACUAUGAAAUACAUCCUAGUGCAAAUUUUACAAGCUUCCUUGGUUCCUCUGUAUUCAUUUGGCACUGGAAAUGCACCCUUUGCACUAUGUCUUUCUUUCAGGAGGCAGACGUAGGCUCGAAUUUGGUCCAGCUCCCAUCCACCACUGCAACUGCAGUGAAGGAAAAAGAUGGAAGCAUCUACUGUCAGCCUGAAUUACUAUAUGAAGGUGAGGGGCCAUUGUUUAGGCAGUGGGGAGGGAGACACAUUGCAUCUUCUAAGUCUCAUAAUUUCUAUUAAGGGAUGUAUAAUAUAUGACUGCGCUUGAAAAUAUUCCACCACCUUCCUUGUGAAAUGCCCAUUGAAAUGAUUAGCGUCCUUAUAGGACAGGGCUAGCUAACGUGGUGCCCUUCCAUUAGUUCCAGCCAGCAUGGCCAAAUGCCAUGGAAAAUAGCUUUUGGAGUCCAACAACAUUUUGAGGAUGCCAUGUUGAUACCCAUGCUCUAGGAACUUGACUCCAGACAUGACCAGCUCCCAGAGGGAUUACACAGGAAGACAGUCUUACUGUAUUCAGUACUAUAGUCUCUUUAAAUAUAUUUACCCGUAUAUCAGCAGUGAUUCUGUUUUCCUCUUGUUGUUUAUGAGUACAAAUUGUUCUACUUCCCUUGCAGGAAUAGAGCUGCCUCGCAUCAAUUAUGACUACAAUGGCAAAAAGUACAGAUAUAUCUAUGCCACAGAGGUUAAAUGGAGUCCAGUUCCCACACAGGUAUGCUGUCUAAAAGCACACUUCCUCUUAUAACAUGUCAUUGUGCAAUGCCAAUAAACAUUAGACUUUAUUACAGUGGUACCUCAGGUUAAGUACUUAAUUCGUUCCGGAGGUCCGUUCUUAACCUGAAACUGUUCUUAACCUGAAGCACCACUUUAGCUAAUGGGGCCUCCUGCUGCUGCCGCGCCGCCGGAGCCCAAUUUCUGUUCUUAUCCUGAAGCAAAGUUCUUAACCUGAAGCACUAUUUCUGGGUUAGCGGAGUGUGUAACCAGAAGCAUAUGUAACCUGAGGUACCACUGUAUUUAAACAAGAUUUGUUUAAAGCCAAGGCUACCUUUCCUCUGACCUACAACUUCGCAAGAUACUCCAAUUGCCAUUUGCAGGCCAGGGAGCUAAGUACAAGCAGGGCUGUGUUUGAAAUAAGCUGCCUAAGGAGGAGGUGACAUCUCCUUCCUUUCCGGUACUCCACAGAAGCGCUUUUGAUUCAAGGUGGGGAACCUGUGGCCCUUCAGAUUUUGGAGUCCAGCUCCCAUCAGCCCCAGAAAGCAUGGUCAUUGGUCAGGGAUGAUGAGAGCUGUAGUCCAACAACAUCUGGAAGGCCACAGGUCCCCCACCCUUGCUUUAGAUGCUUCACUGAAUCACGUCCGUUUCUAUUGUCCGUGGCCUAUUUUCUUUCUCUUAUAAUUGAUGAUGCCACCUAACACAAUUAUAUGCAUAGAUCACAGCUUUAGCAACAGCCAAAGGGCCCUGAAUUAAAUUUGCUUGACAUGCAUGUUUUGUUAACCCUUAAUUAAGGCCGUUGCUUCUUCCUGAGUUAAGGUCAAGGAGGACAAUAGGGUGAAAACAGAGCUGAGAAGAAACUUCCUUUCAUAGCUGUCAACUUACAGAUUUGAAAAUAAGGGACCAGCAGCCAAAAUAAGGGACCUGCAGCCUCACCUGUUCCAGGCACUCCAGUCUUCCUGUCCUCCUGCAGUCUGGUCAAACUCAUGCUGGUAGCUUCGAGAACACUGUCCAACCAACUUUGUUAACCAGAGGUUCAACUGAAUAGAAUCUGAAUCACAUGCACCACAAGGCCUAUCCAGCCUCAGCUUAAGAUGGCUCCCUGGCUUGGCUUUGCACUGCAAAGUUUGCAGCAGCACGUGCAACAAAAUGGCGUCCAGCAUUCAAAAAACCCCUCAGCUUGCAUUAACUAGCCACACACAAGGCAUGCAAGCUCCACCCCCCAGUCGUUCUUAGACUUCUUAUUGGGUGAGCAACACAGCCAAGCAACACAGUUGGAGUCUCCCUCCUCUCUGGCCGGCAGGGGGGGAGGGAGAGGAGCUGCUUCCUUUGAAAUUUAAGGGACAUCAUUUAAGGGACAUUUAAGGGACCCAUCAAUAAGGGACAGUAGCAGGACAUGGCGCUGGAAUAAGGGACUGUCCCUUCAAAUAAGGGACACUUGACAGCUAUGCUUCCUUUUUCAGCAGCAAAUCUGACCCAGAGUUCAAAGGUUUUCCAAGUUAUUUUGGCAACUCUGGAAAGUUGCAUGAAAUGUGACUUUCAUUCCAUAAUUAUUGAUCAAGCCAGAGAUACGGAAGUGGGACCAUGAAGUAAUAUCCAUAUGUCAGGACCAUAUCCUGUAUUCUAGACUCCAUCUUAGCAUUGCCAUAUUUCAAAAAGUACGAACCAGGACGCCCCCAAAAUUGUUGAGCUUUUUUAGACAAACCCCAAAGUUGUUGAGCUUUUUUUUUUUUAAAUGCAAUUUUUCAAUUGACUUGCCUAAGAUCCAGGACAAAGUUCUGCCUUUCGGAAAUUCCUCCCAAACAUCAGUUCUGCCUUUGAAAUCCCAGUAAUGUCCGGGAAAAUCCAGAUAUAUGGCAGCCGUACUCUGUCUACAUAUAAUAUCUAGGGAUGGGCAAAUUUGUCAAUUUCCAUUUCUCUCAGUUUCCCAUUUUUCCAAUCUUAAAUUCAGUUCCCCACAUUUACAACUCAAUUUUCAAUUGUGAGUGUAUUUUUAAAGUCCUCAUGAAAAUUCAUCAGCAUUUUAGUUCAAAUUUUGUCUAAUUGACACGUUAUAUGCAAUUUUGCCUUAAUAAAAAUAAUACACACAUUUUGGGGAAGCAGUUUCCCCAAAUAUAAUGCAUUUUUGUAUGUAAUAUAUGCAAUUUCAUGCACACUUUACCCCAGUAUGUGCAUUUUUGUACAUAUUACUUGGCUUGAGAACUGCACUGCAAAAUUCAGAAAAGUACAAACUUUGAAGAAUGCUUAUGUUUCAGUUCAUGCAUUGCUUCAGGAAGUGCAAAUUAGGUAGGUUCACUUUUGAAUGUGAAUCUGAAUCAAUCGCAAUAUUUCUACACAUAAUAAUAAUAAUAAUAAUAAUAAUAAUUAAUGGGGAUGUUGGACAGAAAAGUUAAAUGAGUAUGUUGUUUGAUUUUUUGUUACAAUCGUAAUUUUAAUCUCACCUUUCAGGAUAUAAAUCUUUCCAAGGUGACUCACAAUGAAAUAUUAAAACAAUAAUAAAUAUAUUUAAAGAAACUAUAUGAUUUUAUUUACUACUUGUAUAUACCCCAUUUCUGCUCAGGGUGGGUCACAGUUUAAAAUCAUGACUUAUAAUCUAAUAAACACAAUAUAAAUAAAAAUGGGGAAAAGAAAGAGCAAAAUACAUGAGCUGGGAGGGGAGGAACAAAAUGGUAGUAGCUUCCAGCCAGGCCAACUCAUAAGUCGUUGCUGUCUCGCGUCUCCCUCAGAUGUCCCUGGACACGUUGAAGGGGAUGAGGAUUUGCUGCAGCACCCCUCCCUCUGAGUCAGGCAGUUGGAAUGGGGAUUAAUUUUAUUUUGGGGAGGCAUGCAAAUCUAAAUCAGGAAAAUAUUUGAAGAAUUCUAUCAUAAGAAUGCAUUUCCCCUCUUCUUUGUUCACCUAGGUAGUUAAAGUUGACACUCUGACGAAGACGGCACUUCACUGGGAGGAAGAACAUUGCUGGCCAGCUGAACCAAUCUUUGUUCCUAGUCCUAAUGCCAAAGAGGAAGAUGAUGGUAAAUCACAUCAUGGUUCUAAUGAGGGAAAGUGUGAAGAUUUGCGAAAGUUAAGACCCAUUUUAAAGGGAAUGGGAUUUCAUUAGUCGCAAAAAACAAUAUUUUUAUUUAAAGUCUUUCUCUUUCACAAAUAGAACAGGCUUUAAGAAGCUGCUUUUACCAAGAAUGGAGGCAAACAGUUUUUUAAAAGGGAUUUGAAGGUAGCAUAAUACAGGCCUUGUUUACCUUACUGUGAUGUAGAUGCUCAUUUAUUAUCCUGCUGCUGUCUCUGGUCAAACAAGUUUGGGAGGCUUUGGGAGUAUUACAGAAACCUGCAAAACCAGUGACUAGACAGCCAGCUUUCUCUCUCCCUUUCUAUCGCUCUGGUUUUGUUGUGGGAGAAGAAACUGCUCAAAUUCUGCUGGAAUCACAAAUGCAUACAUACAUCAUUUUAUCGGUAUGCUGCCUUUUUAUAGUUAAGACCAUGCUCAAGGCAGCUUACAACAUUUAAAAAAAUAUUACAAAUAUAACAAAGGUAAAGUAAAGGUAAAGGGAACCCUGACCAUUAGGUCCAGUCAUGACCGACUCUGGGGUUGCGGCGCUCAUCUCGCGUUGUUGGCCGAGGGACCCGGCGUACAGCUUCCGGGUCAUGUGGCCAACCUGACUAAGCCGCUUCUGGCGAAUCAGAGCAGCGCAUGGAAACGCCAUUUACCUUCCUGCCGGAGCGGUACCUAUUUAUUUACUUGCGCUUUGACAUGCUUUCAAACUGCUAGGUUGGCAGGAGCAGGGACCAAGCAACGGGAGCUCACCCCGUUGCGGGGAUUCGAACCACCGACCUUUUGAUCGGCAAGUCCUAGGCUCUGUGGUUUAACCCACAGCACCACCCGUGUCCCUAUAACAAAGGUAGUCAUAAACAAUAAAUAAAACACAUCAAAAAGUACACAACCAAACUGAAAUAAUUUCCACAUAAAUCCUAAGAUCUAAAAAUAAAGCUACUAAAAAAAAAUAAUCAAUAACAGCAACAACCCCCUGCCAAACAAGAAACCACUAAACACAACCCCAACUCAAGAGCCAGUCAGAUUUAUUUGUUAAAAUAUGUUGGUCAUCGUGCCAAAAGUACAAACUGUAUGAAGGUUUAGUGCAGAUAGGACCUGGUAUUCAGAGACAUGUUGCCUCAGAUCCUGGAAGCAGUAUAUAACCAACAUGAUGAGUAGCCACCAACUCUUAGGUGCAGGAGAGGAAAUCUUCCAAUCUUGCAAGUUAGUGAGUGUCCAGAAUCUCAGGCAGAUGGAUUUACCUGAUAUUCUUUCAAAAUGGAAGUGUUGAAUUUAUGAGCAGUUACUAAGGUACUGGAGUAGGUACUAAGAUACCUACUCCAAAUGGAGAACUGGAUUUUUAAUGACUAGAUUGGCACAUGUCAUCCUUCCAUAAUAGCCCCUAAACCUUGUUUGUAUCACCAGUAGAAAUUUCUCGACAAUGCAACUCACUUAUCCACUGACAAUGCACAACUCAGAACAAAGCAAAGCUACAUUUCGCCUUGACAGGCACAGAGGCGUGUACAAUGGAUCUUUCAUGCAGCCUAUUGGAAUGGCUUAUCAUCAAAGGGCCUCGUCUUAAACUGUGUAAUAGUCCUGGAGAUUAAGGCUGUUUUGUCUAAGCUAAACAGCAGAGUCAGCAAACACAAUAGCAGUUGUUUCAUCACACUCUGCCAGUUCUGUUUUGGAAGAACUGCAGAUAGGAGCAAGACAUAGAUAUAUGCUAUAAGUAACUAAGGCUGUUAACUAGUUGAAUAUAUUUUAAUUGACAAUAUCUGCCUUUUAAUUAUAUAUUCAUUUAACUGAUUACAUGUAAAUAUUUGAAAACCAACAAAACCUCAACAUAGGAGCUUUGGAGAUGUUUAAUAAACAAAAGUUCCUGCUCAAGAUUAUAAGGAAAAGUCAUAGUUAAUAGUUUCUCUACUUAUUUCAGUAACUUCAGUUUUCAAGCAAAAUACUGCAGGUGAUCCUUGGAAGCUUAUCAGGGUGAACAGUCCCUGGAAUGUGCUGGAAUGUGCAAGGGGUUCUUUGCCAGACAAAGUGCCCCUGAAGCUAGAGAGUUUGAAAACCACUACAGUAACUAAUAAUAAUAAUAAUAAUAAUAAUAAUAAUGUGUGCCAUUAACUUUGCAUGGGUUCAAAUCUCCUAAGUAAUAUUAUAAAGUAUUAUUAUUAUUAUUAUUAUUAUUAUUAUUAUUAAUAAUAAUAAUUCAAUUUCUUUCCUACCCUUCACAAUAAUGUCCCAGGAUGCAACUCUUUGGAUUUAAACUUUGCAGGCUUGUCGAUGACUCACUUAGUCCAUGGCAUGUUGGCUAAUGUAGUCUGAAAACAAGUCUCUAUAAUCUGGGCUACAUUCCUGCUUAAGUGAGUGCUCAGCAUUUGCACACAUGUUGAGAAACCAUUCCAAGAAGCUGCAUGGAACCAUUAUAUACUUGCGGUAAUGCUGACUUAAUUGGGAAUCUUGACAUCCACACAUUGCGGCUUUUGACACAUGUCACUUUCCUUUGUCAACUGUCCCCAUUGCAUUUAUUUAUCACGUGUGCCCUGCACAUCUUUCAAGAAGCUCAGGGUGAUGUAUUUGGCUUUCUCCCAUUUUAUCAACAUAAUAACAGCUCUGUGAUAUGUUAGGCUAAGGGACAACAAUAAUGAUACAUAGGAUUUAAUUUUUAAAAUCUUUUUAGUUUAUAUCAACACAACAAACACAGCUAUAACAGAAAAAGAAGCUGCCUUACACCCCUUUCCCAUCUCCCUCAGGGCUGUCUACUGUGACUGGCAGCAGAUCUCCAGAGUCUUAGGAAAAGAGGGGUCUUCCCAGUCACCUGCUCUCUUUUUAUGAUAGCCAGUGUGGUAUAGUGGUUAAGAGCGGUAGAUUCGUAAUCUGGGGAACUGGGUUUGCGUCUCCGUUCCUCCGCAUGCAGCUGCUGGGUGACCUUGGGCCAGUCACACUUCUCUGAAGUCUCUCAGCCCCACUCACCUCACAGAGUGUUUGUUGUGGGGGAGGAAGGGAAAGGAGAAUGUUAGCCGCUUUGAGACUCCUUAAAGGGAGUGAAAGGCGGGAUAUCAAAUCCAAACUCUUUAACUGGAGAUACCAGGAGCUGAACAUACAGGCUUUUGCAUCCAAAGAAGGUGCUCUACCACUCUCCAGUUUCUUUACUUGGGGAGUAUGUUUUUAUUGUAAUUUUAUAAUACGGAAAUCAUACAGGCAUGCUACAUAUAAGAAAAACAAACAAGAGAGUACCAGUGAGGAAAACAAUGCAGGGCAUAUAAAUCAUAUCAAAGAAGCAUUUGCAUUCUCAAGUGUUAACAUUACAUACUCCAUUAAAGUAAUCAUUCAGAUUUUUCCAUCAAAUAACAGUUAGCUUGUUUCCAGUUAAUUCUUUUGCUUUUUAAGCGGCCAGCAGGCUAUUUCUUCCAUGCAGCAACAGUGCUUUCUUUUUCUUUGCAGUUUAGUGGGAAACUAUUAACUCCCUGUGCCAGGGCAAGCUCCAAAAGUUAAGCAUAAAUUAAUAUCCAUUCCAUGCCCCCACUGCCCCAUCUUCUAAAAAAAGAAGAAGCCAUAUUUCAGGAAAAUCUGUUUUAGCAUAGAUUCUGUUGCAACUUUAGGUAUCAUCUUGUCACCCAUCGUAACGUCAGAUCCCCAGAAACCACCUUUCCUGCUGAUACUGGAUGCCAAAACGUUCAAGGAAAUGGCUCGGGCCACGGUCAAGACAGAUCUGCACCUGGACUUACAUGGUCUCUUCAUACCUAAGAAAGAUUUGAAAGUGGAGCCUGAGGCAGAUUUGGACAACGAACACGAAUAAAGUAGACUGUUUCCUGCUAUAAUCCGAACAUUAAGUCUUGCUGCACACUGCUGAAAAAUUUGCUGUGAUACUCCAGUCCUCAGCACAUGCACCUGUAUAUUUACCUGCAAUGCUGGACUAAUGGCCUGGUUCUUGGCAUAUGGUGCAAGCUGUCUGCAGUAUUUUCUGGGUGCUUUUGCCAAGCUUUGCAAGAUGUCUGUGCAAUGAACAUACGACUUAGCUGCUUGAACAAAGUGUGUUUACAAUGUGGUGUGUGCAACAUGAAUCACACUUUCCAAAGUUUGAAAUCUUCAAGGAUUGUGCUCAGAACAUAAUUAGAAGGAAACCCUUGAUAAUCUGAGUUUGUCAGAAAUUCUGGUGUUUAAUCGCAAUUCACUUGAGAUUCAUUGUCAGCUGAUUACUUUGGUGCUUCAUUUGCUAAAUUCAAUGACCAAGUGAAAUGUCAAGUUGAGGUGCUAAAAGAUUUCUUGACCUGACAUUCUGUAUUAUUUCAAAAGAAGGCAAGGCUCAUCCUCCUUCCUGUGUGGAAAAAUGUUUAAAUCCAGAAUGCUUUUAUAUUAUUUUUAAUUAUAUUGUAAUUAUAUUUAAAGCAAGCCUUUUUCCUUUGAAUCCUUCAGAUGUACUUAUUUUUAGAUCUUUUCUUUAGGAACUUCUAAUGCAAGUUCAGUGGGCUUACUGUCCUUACUGUCUCAUAAGUAAAUUAUGCUUUGCUAUUUCAGCAGAAGUGAGAUUGUGCUCAUAUUUUUUUUUCUGUUUAAGAGAAAUAUAACCAAGCUAAGACUAAGCACCGUAUCCAAAGAACCUAACAAUUAGUAGUGACAAAAGUAAUUUUACAUGCCGCAGACAGAAAUACUUCUCUCAUAUGGUAUUUCCUAACGUAUAUUAAGCAAAAUAUUGUAAUAAAUUAAAGAUAACUUUAGCUAAAGAUACUGUUCUGAAGCCAAGGGCAAAAGAAACCAGAAUAUGAUUUGACUUCAACUUUAAAUAUGUCUGAUUUUAAAAAGGUCCUAAUAGGUAAGUAUUGCCACAAAUGCUUAACAAACAGCACCUGUCAUUUUGCGAGCUGCAAAAUACUCAUGCAGAAGUCUUACUUCUGAAUACAUAUAAAGAGCAUUGCACUAUUAAUCUCAGAUUUCCCCUCCACCCCCAACUGUACCCCACCCCCUGGCAUGUCUUUUGUUAUUAUUUUCAAAUAUCCAAACAUAAAUAACAUUUUCCUAGUUGUUCUGCAACAAACCCAGUUCAACCACUGCCUUUUCAUUUAAAGCACAUUUAACUCUGCACCUCUUAAAGAAAAUGAGCUGCUGGGAAAACUAGCUACCCAUUCUGUAAAAGGGUGUGUUUUAUAGCUGUCAACAUUUCCCUUUUUAAAAAGGAAAUUCCCUUAUUCCAAAUAGGAUUCCUCGCAAGAAAAGGAAAACGUCGACAGCUAUGGUGUGUUGUUCUGUGGGCUUUAUUUAUUUACUUCAUGAAAUUUAUACACUCUGAAAACCCUCAAAGCAGUUUACAAAAGAGAGAGAGAGAGAGAAAUCCACAACAAACAUACAAAAGUUAAAAUACUAAAACACAUUAAAAUUACCUCGACUUUCUAAGCAUCUGGAUAGGCUUGUUUUAGCAGGUUUCUAAAAGAGUACAGUGAAAACGCCUACUUGAUCUCGAUAGGCAGGGAGAACGCUAAACAAUCAAGUUCUUGCAAAGGCGGAAUAGGUAUUAUGUGGCAUCUGUAGUAGUGCCAAUUUCACUGACUGAAGUGGUCAAGUGGGCACAUGUGGGAUAAGCCAAUCUCAUUGGUAAACUGGUCCCAAGUUGUUAAGGGCUUUAUAUGCUAAUAGUGGCACCUGGAACUUGGCAUAAUAGCAAAUCAAUAGCCAAUGAAGAUCUCUGAGCACAAAUGUUAAGGGCUGACAAGGCCUCUUUGUUCCAGCUCUCCUCACAGCUCAAUCCAACGCAUGUUUACUUGGAAGUAAAUUUCACCGUAAUCAAUGUACUUGGUCCUUCAAAAGGAUGCAUUCUUAAGCACUAUGCAAGAUCCAGCCCUUUAGAAUAGCAUUCUGCCACCAUAGCAGUUGACUUGUCUGCGAUCCUUUGAAAUUAUGGACAUUAAUUCAAUAACUCACUGCCCAUUUCUCUAUAGCAAGAAAAGUGAUAGCCAACUUGGAAGCUUGGAAAACAGCAGAGGGACACAUAGCCCUCACUUCUUCCUGUUCUCAUUUGAAAGCCACCAUUUUGUGGCAGGGUCAUUGCCAUUCUUAUAUUUUGACCCUCUCCUUCCUCCAGGUUAGGAGCUAGCGAGACCCCAGUCUGAAAUCCUGGAGAGCCACAGCUACUCAAUGUAGAAAGUACUGAGUGUAUCUGGCAGUUUCCUAUGUUCCAAAACAGCCUCUGGAAGGCAGAUAAGGCUCCUCCUGCUGUUAUUAAAUCUUCAUUCUCCCAGUACUGCUGCAUACACAAAAAUGCAUACAGUUGCAAUUUAAACCAGCUUUCCUCAACAUGGCACUCACCAGGUGUUUUGGACUACGGCUUCUAAAUCAAUCCAUAGGAGUAGCAUGCCAAUAUUUUUUUUAUAAAAGCACAUUGCCUGUAUGAAUCCUCAUGAUGGAAAGGAGGGUGAUUCAGAUACUGUAUUCUAACUGGGUGGCCAUUCAUGGACAGAAAUCAAACCUAAUUCUGUCUUAACAAGGAACUUGGCAUGGUGCAAGGAGAUUGCAGCCCAGGUGCCAUUGCAUUAUUCUGUCUCAUGCUAGCUUAACUUUCACUUUGGCUCCACCUAGAAUUUGAUGUCUUUGGAGCUGAAGAAUGUUUCAAACCAGAGGUAAUUUGGGAAAUCACCAUAAUGUAUAUAAACACAGUAAGCUGUCAGACACAUUCAAAUUAAGUUAAAUAUCACACAGUUCAUGCUUCAUUUGUUCCAAUUAACUCCAGGGGGCAUGGUAUAUUUACUGAGGGAAUUUCUGAUGGGAAGCUAAAAUCCCAAGUAUAUUCAAUAGAAACCAACAUGUUUAUUUUAGAUUGUUAGCAACUGAGUACAGUUUGCAUAAUCCUUCAAUGCUUUUUUAAAAAAUUAAAAUUGCACGUGACAAAGGAAAAGGUCUGUGCAAGUGUUCCCCUGACCUACAGAGUCCCAGUUUCAAUGCUCAGCCUUAACAAUUGUUAAGCUUGUGGUAGCAUCAUAGUUUGAGCUUGUUUGACUUGGGUCUCUUUUUCUCAGAAUAAGUUGUCAAGAUUUACAAUUCCUGAUGGAGUAUGACUAAAAUGAGUAUGACUUUUUUAAAAAUGCAGAUAAUUAUGUCAGUUCAUUUGGUAAAAAUGAAUAUAUCGAUAUUGCAGCAUAAUUUUGUUAUGAUGGCCAAUGGUCAGGGAGACAUGAAGUAGUCUGCAAGCUUGUGUGUUUUGAUAAGUGACAAAACAAAUUUGGAAGGGAGGAAAGUUUGGAGAGAGAAAAGAUGUUGUCGAGCGUGAUUUUUAAAAAUAAAACAAAAACAGUCUACUGUCACAGCCACACCAUACAUUUAAAGAACCCUGGGGAACUCACAAAGCUAUGAUUUCCAGCACCCUUAACGCAAUAUAGUUCCCAACAUUCUUUGAGGGAACCCAUGUGCUUUAAAUGUGUGUUGAAUGUGCUUUAAAUGUUUUGGUUGUGACCAAAGAUGGAAUAGAGGAGUUAUUAUGCAGAUCAGGGCUGGUUCUGGAUUUGAGGGUAGCCUUCCUAUUAAUAUGGGAAGAAAGCCAAAUAUGAAGGGUCAUGAUGACAGAACUAUAUAAAAUUAAGCAUCGUGGACUAUGGAGGAAGUGGAUAGAGCAUGCCUCCACAGGGCAUUUUAUAGUGGAGUUUGCGUUGCUCACACAGGUAGCUUUUUUGCAGUAACCACAAUACAUUGUCUUUCUCAAAAUGCCAUCCCAUCCUUCCUCCCCAAUUAAUUCUGGAUUUACCAUUUCCCUGUGAGUGUUUUGUUUUGACUUACUGCAUUUUAUGUGUCUAUGGUAAAUCUGGAUUAAGUGGGGAAAGCAUAUGGGAUGGCAUUUUGCUGAGGAUCACUUCAUGUGGAUGCUGUGUAAAACUUUCAUGCAUGAGAAUCACCGAAUCCACAAUAAGCCGCUGUGUGGAAGCACUCAGAUAGCUAUCAUAUGUUGCUCCCUCUGUCAUCAUACUAGAAGCUGAAUGGUGGUAGAUGCAGGUCUGGCAAAGGGAAAUACUUUCACCAUGCAGGGUUAGUUAAACUACAAACUAUGCUUCCACGAGAUGUAGUGAUGGCUACCAACCUAAUGACUUUAAAAGGGAAUUAGCAAUAUUCAUGGAGGAUAGAUAAGGCUAAAAACUGCUGCGACAUCAUGUGUACAGCACCCCAAAAAGCUCAUGAGCUUCUAAUCAGCAUCUGGUUGAUCAGAAUGAAAACUAGAUUAUGGUCUAGAUAGACUUUUGCUCUGGUCCAGCAGGGCUCUUACUAUCCCAUUCUUCUUCCUCCCUAAGAAGCCCAAUGGGCAAAUAGCAAAUAGUAAAAACAAUGCAAUUAAGAUAAAACAUGUUGUGAACAAUUAAAUACAAUUAAGAACAUCUAAAACAUGUUAAAAUAGCCACAUACAACUAAUAAUUUCAAGGUUGGUGAGAACAGUAAGUUGUAGCCAAUACUACUUCUGCUCUGAGUAGUUCCAUUGUAAUUAAUGGCCAUGACUAAUUUAGGUCUAUUAAUUUGCUAUGAGUAAAACUUAGUUGGAUACAACCCACUAUCUUUUCAACCAUCAAAUUCCUGGGUAAUCAGGAAAUGUUUUUAAUUUCCUCCUGAAUGUUAAUAAUGUCUUAUUUUGUUCUUAAUAAUGAGAGUUAGCUUUUAAUUGGUAAAACUGGAUACAUAGGGCACUUCCAGACAUGCUAUUAAAUUAGCUAUUAAAGCUAAUUUGGAGCUCUAACGCAACACACCUGAAAGAUCCUGAAAGAUCCAAUUUUUGCACUACGUAAAGUGAUGGGGGAAAUGCACAGGAAAAUGUGGGAUAAUACUUGCUUGAUGCAACAUUGUCUAACUUCCUCCAAACAAAUCAGAAUGAAUGCUAAUUAAAUAGCCGGUGUCAUCUAAGUCACCUGCGGUCAAAUAAAGAUAAUGCUC